AUGGAGAUUCACUGUAAGCACGACCCGUUCGCGGCCAUGCACAGACAUGGUGGAGUGAACCAGCUCGGAGGCGUGUUCGUAAACGGCAGGCCCCUACCAGAUGUGGUCCGGCAGCGAAUAGUGGAGCUCGCCCAUCAAGGGGUUCGGCCCUGCGACAUCUCACGCCAGCUGCGAGUCAGCCAUGGAUGUGUCAGCAAGAUACUGGGCAGGUAUUAUGAAACGGGCAGUAUCCGCCCCGGGGUAAUUGGGGGAUCCAAACCAAAGGUUGCUACACCCAAAGUGGUCGACAAGAUCGCCGAUUACAAACGCCAAAACCCCACCAUGUUUGCCUGGGAGAUCCGGGACAGGCUCCUGGCCGAAAGAGUUUGUGACAAUGACAGCGUACCGAGUGUCAGCUCCAUCAACAGGAUCAUUCGGACAAAGGUUCAGCAGCAGCCUGGUCAAACAGGCUCAGUGUCGGCUCACAACUUAGCAACAUCUGUGGCCGCCACGCAGGUGUCAGCGGUGACCAGUGACUCGGCCGGCUCCUCGUACUCUAUCAGUGGCAUCCUGGGUAUCAGCUCGGCCGUUGACGUGGGCAAAAGGAAGAGGGAUGAUGCUUUGCUGGAAUCACCUCUGGCAAAUGGGCAUGGCCACAGUGGGCGAGACUUCCUCAGGAAGCAGAUGAGAGGGGAGCUGUUUUCGCCACAGCAGAUCGAGGUACUGGACCGCCUCUUUGACAGACAGCCUCCCUGUCCAAUCCAAUCCAGCACUGAGCUCUAUAUGAGCCCUGACUCUGGCAAGACAUCAGACUACUCGGCCAUGGCUUCACUAGCAGGCGGACUGGAUGAAAUGAAGAACAAUUUGGCCAAUCCAGGCACAGGGGCGGAGUUAGGAGCAAGCGUGUCCGGUCCACAGUCUUAUUCUCUGGUUCCAGGUCGAGACCUAUCUAGCACAACUCUGCCAGGCUACCCUCCUCAUGUCCCGCCUACUGGACAGGGCAGCUACUCCACCCCUUCCCUUACUGGCAUGGUCCCGGGUGGAGAUUUUUCUGGAAGUCCAUAUUCCCAUCCGCAGUAUUCUACAUACAAUGAGUCAUGGAGAUUUCCAAACCCGAGCCUAUUAGUGUUUCAACAGGAUUAUGGUCCUCUCCUGGGCACAGAGAUCGGCUGCUCGUCCAGUCUCUUCACCAGCCAGGCAGGACAGAUGCAAGGUGGGUAG